UCCAUAUCGAAUUCACUAAAGAAUCGGUAAUGGAGUAUACCCAGUUUCACUGACACGACCUCAAUAUAGUCGAGUUCCACGAUUUUCCUGGCCUCGAAAAUAACAAUAAAAUAUAUCAAUAUGUUUCCGAACACCCACUCUUUUUGACUUUUGAGAGUAAUUUGGACAUAUUGCUUCAGUGUUGCAUCGAUAAAUCUACUCUAAUAUAUCGUUUUGUUCAGUUUUAAUUCUCUUUGGAAUGAAUUAUUGCUCGAAAAGAUUAAACAUGUCGCUUUUGAGUUAUAGUUAAAAUACUGAAAAGUUGUAAGAGACAUAGGUGUAUUGGAAAAAUGUUCUUUAGUUUCGAACGAAUUCGUUCCGUAUAACAUCGGUUUCAAUCAUAUCAGCAGAAAACAGAUAAUCGAUCAGCACACUACGGACGUUGCCAAAACACUUCUGUUCAUUGGGCAGUCGAGAGUUUGCGUUAUUAUGGGCGGAGCUUAUUUGUAUUGUCAAAAGUCAAGAAAGAACUGCUUUCAGCGACGAUCUUUCUUAUCUGAUUCGAAAAACAAUGAUGCCGGUAUCAUCACACAUUGUUUAUUCAACAAUUAUGAUAAUAUAUUAGAUCGGCUCAACCCGGAGGAUAUUAUGAUUGUUGAUCGCGGAUUUCGUGAUGCAGUAAAUGUUAUGGAAAAUUUAGGGUUCGAAGUUAUGAUGCCGGAGUUUUUAUAUGGAAAAAAACAAUUCCCGGCCUAUCAGGCUAAUUCAUGCGUAACGAAAAUCAGAUGGGCUGUUGAAAGCGUUAAUGCGAUGAUAAAACGAUGGAAAUUUCUGAGUCAAACUAUACAGAACAGCACCAUACGUUACUUAGAAGAAUUGUUUGGAAAAAGGAUCGAUCGUAUGGAUUUGAGAAAACCUUCCAAAUGGAAAGAUAUUAAUGCUGAUCAAGUGGACUUUCCAGAACUGUCAGAAGAUGAUAUUCGAGAACUAGCUUUAGGUGUAUUCCAAGUCAAACAAGCGCGGUCUUACGUAGAAGAGAAGAAAUCAUCGAGUGAUGAUUAUAUAUUUACAGUUCAGAGUUGUUCCACUGCCAAAGGUAUCAUUAGUGUAAAACUACAAUCUCGCCAUAUAAGUGCUAGAAUAUUUCUCAUACGUUUAAUUUGA